AUGGCCGGCGCAUCAAGGAAAGACCUUCUCAAGAAGGUGUACAACAUGGUACCGCCUAUGCUCGAGAGCUUCCACAAGGGUCAAUUGGGUCGUGUAGCAGUUAUUGGUGGCAGUGAAGAUUACACUGGCGCACCCUACUUCUCUGCCAUGGCCUCUGCAAAAUUGGGUUGCGAUAUGUCUCAUGUCAUAUGCGAGCCGGGAGCGGGCGCCGUCAUCAAAACCUACUCCCCUAAUCUCAUGGUACACCCAUAUAUGCGGCAAUCCAAGAACCUUGCGCAAUCCGAGAGCGCCGAUAGUGUGAGCGCAGAAGUUGUUGGAAUGCUAUCGCGGCUCCACGUUGUCGUAAUCGGUCCUGGCCUCGGUCGCGACAAACUCAUGCAAGACACAUGCGCAAAGGUGAUUGAAGAGGCUAGGAAGCAGGGCAUUCCUUUUGUACUGGAUGCAGAUGGUCUGUACCUUGCACAGACAAGGCCUGAACUCGUUGAAGGUUGCAAAGAGUGCAUCCUCACGCCCAACGUUGUGGAAUUUGGGAGAUUGGCCAAGGCAAAGGGCGUAAACGUUGAUGAAGGCGAUCCUUCAGAACUAUGCUCCAAACUAUCAAAGGCUUUUGGCGGUGUUACGAUUAUUCAGAAGGGUGCUAAGGACUAUAUUUCCAAUGGUUCGCAUACCCUGGUCUCUGAGGGCGAGGGCGGCUUGAAGCGCUCGGGUGGUCAGGGUGAUACCUUGACGGGUAGUUUGGCGACUCUGCUAGCCUACAGGAAGGCAUACCACGACAAGCUGUGGGAUAUUGGGACUGAGAUGUCAAGGAGCGAGACGUUAGCUCUUGCAGCAUAUGGUGGCUCGUGUAUCACGAGAGAGUGCUCCAAGUUGGCCUUCAAGGAGAAGGGCAGAUCGCUGCAGGCCAGUGAUUUGACGGAGCAUGUUCACACUGCGUUCCUCAACAUAAUUGGAGAGAGGGAGGAGACACCAAUGCUGUAA